AUGUUGGCUUUAGAAGUUCUGGACAAGAUGUGGUUCAGAGAAGAAGGCAUAGAUGUUCUUCAUCAACUAGGCCUUGGAGGCAAAGAUGUAAGACAUUCAUCAUCAGUGACUGCUGUACCAUCAUCAUCUACACCAUUACCUCAGGGUUUCCAUUUAACAGAGUCAGGCAUCAUUUUAAAAAAUGAUGCUUAUAUUGAGUCACCUCUAAUGAAAAUUUUACCAGUCAACUUAGGACAGCCAUUUACAAUAUUGAUUGGGUUACAAUCACAGAGAGUGAACAAUGCAUUUCUCUUCAGCAUUAGAAAUAAAAAUAGACUUCAGUUAGGAGUACAAUUACUACCUAAAAAAUUAGUAGUACAUAUUGGUGGAAAGCAAUCUGUGUUUUUCAACUACAGUGUUCAUGAUGAGCGAUGGCACUCCUUUGCCAUUACUAUUAGAAACCAAGUUGUUUCAAUGUUUGUUGAGUGUGGAAAGAAAUAUUUUAGCAGAGAGACUAUUUCAGAAUUUCAGACUUUUGAUUCUAACAGUAUAUUUACCCUAGGAAGUAUGAAUAAUAAUUCUGUCCAUUUUGAAGGAAUAGUAUGUCAGUUGGAUAUUAUUCCUUCUGUAGAAGCAUCUGCAGACUACUGCAGAUAUGUGAAAGAGCAGUGUCGCCAUGCAGACCAAUACCAACCUGGGACAAACCUUCCUCACACAACUAUCAUAACAACUACAACACCAGAACGUUCUUCCCAGCCCAAAGGAUUUAGCGAAAGAGUACCAUCAGAGGAUACAUUUACUGAAGGCAAAAGCAUUGCAAAUGUCAUAAAUAGUGAUUCUGCAACAGUGCAUAAAAGACAAGGACACCAAAUGUCAAGAUCUCAAAUAACUUCUCUUCAUUCAGGAAAUGUCUCAGCUGUGGAUCUCAUAAACCUUGGGAUUCCUACCAAAGAAAUCAUCACUGGGGAACACACUCAAACAAAUUUAAGCCUGUCCAUGACUGAUCAUUAUCUCACUGAGGCAAGAAUGAAUACCAAGGGUAAAUUUAGUUCUUUUCUCUUCAAUGUUUCUGAGAAUAUCACACAACAUGAUAGAGUAACUGGUCUAUCACUGUUUAAGAAGACACCAUCAUCAUCUGUUCUUCCACAUAUAAAACAAGAUACAAUUACUAAUCUCAAGAAAGCCAUCACAGCAAAUCUACACACUAAUGAACUCAUGGAAAUGCAACAGAUUUUAAACACAACCUUCUAUAGAAUGACAGAUCAUCCAUCUAUGGAUAAUCAUCUUGAUCUCAGGAAGGAAGGUGAAUUUUAUCCUGAUGCUACUUAUCCCAUCGAAAAUAGCUAUGAAACUGAGCUUUAUGAUUAUUAUUAUUAUGAGGAUCUUAAUGCAAUGUUCGAAAUGGAGAAUCUAAGAGGGCCAAAAGGGGACACUGGACUGCCAGGCCCACCUGGUAUGGCAGGUAUCCCAGGUCCACCAGGAAAGAGAGGUCCACGGGGCAUACCAGGGCCACAUGGAAAUCCUGGGUUACCUGGAUUACCAGGUCCAAAGGGCCCCAAAGGAGAUCCAGGAUUUUCCCCAGGUCAAGCUGUUUCUGGAGAAAAGGGUGAUCGAGGCCUUUCUGGGUUAAUAGGUCCCCCUGGUAUACAAGGUGAUAAGGGCCUCAAAGGACAUCCAGGGCUCCCAGGACUCCGAGGUGAACAAGGGAUUUCAGGACUCACUGGUAAUAUUGGUUCACCUGGUUACCCUGGCAGGCAGGGUUUAGCUGGACCGGAAGGUAAUCCAGGUCCUAAAGGUGUACGAGGUUUUAUUGGCUCUCCUGGAGAAGUAGGACAACUGGGACCCAUUGGAGAAAGGGGAAUUCCUGGGAUCCGUGGAAAGAAGGGCCUUAAAGGAAGACAGGGUUUUUUAGGUGACUUUGGAGAAAGAGGUCCUGCUGGUCUUGAUGGCAGUCCCGGGCUUGUAGGUGGUAUUGGUCCUCCUGGGUUUCCUGGACUAAGAGGUAAUGUGGGCCCUGUGGGACCAAGUGGACCUUCUGGAGUUCCUGGCCCAAUGGGCCUUCCAGGGAAUAAGGGGCUACCUGGAAACAAAGGUGAUAAGGGUGAACAAGGCAUUGCAGGAGAGGCAGGAGAACCAGGGUAUCCAGGAGACAAGGGUGCUGUUGGUUUGCCAGGACUACCAGGGAUGAGAGGAAAGCCAGGACCUUCAGGCCAACCAGGUGACCCAGGACUCCAAGGACCAUCUGGCCCUCCAGGACCAGAGGGUUUUCCAGGAGAUAUUGGGAUUCCUGGACAAAAUGGCCCUGAAGGACCAAAGGGACUCCUUGGAAAUAGAGGGCCUCCUGGACCUCCUGGUCUCAAAGGAACUCAGGGAGAAGAAGGACUGAUUGGACCCUUUGGAGAACUCGGGCCAAGAGGAAAACCAGGUCGAAAAGGGUUUGCUGGUGAGCCAGGACCAGAAGGCUUAAAGGGAGAAGUAGGAGAUCAAGGGAAUAUUGGAAAAGUUGGUGAAACAGGACCUGUAGGCCUACCUGGAGAAGUUGGGAUGACUGGAAGCAUUGGCGAAAAGGGAGAACGUGGAAGUCCAGGUCCACUAGGUCCCCAAGGAGAAAAGGGUGUUAUGGGAUAUCCAGGUCCUCCUGGAGUUCCAGGACCCAUGGGUCCAUUGGGAUUACCUGGUCUUGUGGGGGUGAGAGGACCACCCGGAAGUCAAGGUCCUAAAGGACAAAGAGGACCAAGAGGACCAGAUGGUCUCUCAGGGGAACAAGGUGUACAAGGUGCCAAGGGUGAAAAGGGAGAUCAAGGAAAAAGAGGGCCUCAUGGUCUUAUUGGUAAGACUGGAAACCCUGGAGAGAAAGGAAUUCAAGGCAAACCAGGUUUACAGGGACCCCCUGGGAGUACAGGAGACAGAGGACUUACAGGAGAGCCAGGACCACGAGGACUGCAAGGUGAUGCUGGACCUCCUGGAGAAAUGGGUAUUGAGGGACUUCCAGGGAUUGAGGGAGAAUCUGGUCUGCAAGGCGAGCCGGGUGCAAAGGGAGACACUGGGCCUGCGGGCAGUGUUGGAGACGCUGGGGAGCCAGGGUUGCGGGGUGAACCAGGAGCUCCUGGAGAAGAAGGACUCCAAGGAAAAGAUGGAUUAAAGGGGACCUUGGGAGAAAGGGGACUUCCUGGAGAAGAUGGAGAAAAAGGAGAGAUGGGCUUAGCAGGAACUAUAGGGCCCUUGGGUAGACCAGGUCGGAUGGGCCUUCCAGGAGCUGAAGGAAUUUUGGGAAUUCCAGGUCAAAGAGGUCGCCCAGGAAAAAAGGGUGAUAAAGGACAAAUCGGACCAAUAGGAGAAGUUGGAAAAAGAGGUGCUCCUGGACAAAUUGGGAAAAGUGGUCCUAAGGGUGCCAGAGGAACAAGAGGUGCUGUGGGAAACUUAGGUUUGAUGGGACCUGCUGGAGAACCAGGAAUUCCAGGAUAUACAGGCCAUCAAGGUCAACCAGGACUUUCUGGGUUGCCAGGACCCAAAGGAGAAAAGGGUUACCCAGGAGAAGGUAGUACAGUCCUAGGACUACCUGGGCCUCGAGGUGAACCAGGUCCAAUGGGGGAACAAGGAGAGAGAGGAGAACCCGGCGUAGAGGGCUAUAAGGGUCAUGUGGGUGUACCAGGACCAAGAGGUGCCACUGGACAACAAGGGCCCCCAGGCGAGCCAGGUGACCAGGGUGAACAAGGACUAAAAGGGGAGAGAGGAUCUAUAGGCCCUCAAGGGAAAAAAGGAGCUCCUGGUCCUUCUGGGAAACCUGGGAUUCCUGGACUUCCAGGCCUACCUGGGCUAAAAGGCAUGCAUGGAUUCCAAGGAGCAGAUGGCAUUUCAGGAAACCCUGGAAAACUUGGGCUACCAGGAAAGCAGGGACUUCCUGGCAGCAGAGGCAGCCCAGGAAGAACAGGACUAUCUGGGCCUCCAGGUCCUCGAGGAAUAAAGGGUUCAGUAGGCCUGCCAGGAAGCCCAGGAGUUCCAGGCCCAAAGGGAGAACAAGGGCUCCUUGGUCAACCUGGAAUUCAAGGUAAAAGAGGUCACCAAGGAGCACAGGGUGAUCAAGGACCACGUGGAGAGCCUGGCCUGAAAGGGCAGCCUGGAGAACAUGGUGGUCAAGGUUUAACGGGUUUCCAAGGAUUUCCAGGCCCCAAAGGUCCUGAGGGAGGUAUCGGCAUUGUUGGAAUUUCAGGUCCUAAAGGUCCUGUUGGACAGAGAGGAAACACUGGCCCCCUAGGCAGAGAAGGUAUAAUAGGCCCAACAGGUAGAAUUGGACCCAGAGGUGAAAAAGGCUUUAGAGGUGAACCUGGUCCCCAAGGGCCAAAAGGUCAACCAGGGCCUCCUGGUCCACCUGGAGCACCAGGCCCAAGAAAACAAAUGGAUAUCAAUGCUGCUAUUCAAGCCUUGAUGGAAUCAAAUGCUGCCUUACAGAUGGAGAGCUACCAGAAUACUGAAGUGACUUUAAUCGAGCACAGUGCAGAGAUUUUCAAAACCCUGAACUACCUUAGCAAUUUACUGCACAGCAUCAAGAAUCCUGUUGGCACCCGAGAUAACCCGGCACGAAUCUGCAAGGAUUUGCUUGACUGUGAACACAAAGUAUCAGAUGGAAAAUACUGGAUUGAUCCGAAUCUCGGAUGUCCUUCAGAUGCUAUUGAGGUUUUCUGCAAUUUCAGUGCUGGUGGCCAGACAUGUUUAUCUCCUGUUUCUGUGACAAAGUUGGAGUUUGGAGUUGGGAAAGUCCAGAUGAACUUCCUUCAUUUGCUGAGUUCAGAAGCCUCUCAUAUCAUCACUAUUCACUGUCUAAACGCACCAAAAUGGACAACUGCUCAAACAAGAGGCUCAGAGUUGCCUGUUGGUUUCAAGGGAUGGAAUGGCCACAUUUUUGAAGCAAACACUCUACUUGAACCUGAAGUGCUUUCAGACAAUUGCGAGAUUCAAGAUGGCAGCUGGCAUAAGGCAAAAUUCCUAUUUCACACCCAGGACCCUAAUCAACUUCCAGUGAUCGAAGUACAAAAACUUCCUCAGCUCAAAACUGAGCAGAAGUUUUACAUCGAAAGCAGUUCUGUAUGCUUUCUUUGAAGUCUCUGAAUUAGUUCAGAAUUCAUGCUGUUGGCCAGGUAAUUGCUGCAGAGGGAAAAAUAUAGACAGAAAGAUUCUGUCAUUAUGAAAUGCA